AUGCGAUUGAACACAGNNCUCUACCUGGCUCUCUUCCUUGGCUUGAUCCCCUUGCCGGCAAAGAUUCAGGAGGACCUCAUUCCCUACGUACGCUUUCUUCACCCUGAAGCAGACAACCACGAUCCGCGUAAUUCUGACUGUAGUAUUCAGCUCCCCUUCUGGGCCCUCAUCUCUUUCGGCGCAUACCUCCUGGGCAAGCUCGGCUACAAUGUCAUGACCUUCCACGACGUCCCAGAGGCUCACAAGGAGCUCAUGGCCGAGAUCGAAAUUGCUCGUGCAGAUCUGAAGAAGAUGGGCGUCGAAGUGGACUAG